CCACGUCAAGAUGUAAUCCUCCUUUACGUUGCACCCAGCCAUACCGCAUUCACCAUCGCUUCGUAUGCGAUCGGAUUCUUCUUCAUAUACGGCGCGGUCAGUUAUGCACAGUUGUUCCUCAAAGAUGCUCCCGAAGACUCCAAAAGGCCCAAGCUCCCCUACUAUGUCAAGUUGAUGGGGGCGUGGUCUACCGUCUUGAUUGCAGCUUUUGGUACGGUGUUUAUUUUGGCGCCGACAAAGUUGAUCAAGUCUAUCACUGCUGUGCGGCAACGACCACAAGAACAGCUCAAGAUGACGGCAGCCACUGCGAGACAGGCCGCAUGGUAUUCCACUCCAAUGCCUUGGAAAUUGAGAAUCGAAGUCAAACGGGCUGUGCCGUUUGCGAAAAGCGCUCUCUUGUAUUUGAAAGAUCCGCAGCAGGUUUUGCUGGACCGAAGUGUUCCCCUGGCGUCGCAGAAUGUUGCGCUUACUUCGUACAACAUCGGAGACUCGAAGUGGUUCACGGAGAAGUAUGCUCUCACGGGUACGCUGGAACACAAGGAAGGGGGUGUCUUUUCCGGUGCGACCCGAAGUAUGGUGAACAUUUGGCCGGGAAUCAAGAGAGAGGUGAAGCGCAUGUUUAUGCGAGAUCAAAUGGCGUACAUGCGGAUCGAGGGAAGUGGGAACUUUAAGCUGGAUCUUCAGAAUAGUCAUAUGCUGGAUGGAGGUAAGAUACUGGACAGAAUGGUAGGCACGGAUGAGGACGCGCGGCCUGGAAUC